AUGACUAUAAUAGUCUUUUUAAUAGAUACAUCAGCUUCUAUGAACCAAAGAGCUUAUUUGGGGGGACGCCCAACGUUGCUCGAUGUAGCCAAGGGCGCUGUGGAAACGUUCGUAAAGGUUCGGCAACGUUCUCCUGAAAGCAGAGGCGAUAGAUAUAUGCUUCUAACUUUCGAAGAGCCACCCGCGAACAUCAAGGCUGGUUGGAAAGAAAACUUAGCAACUUUUAUCAAUGAAUUGAAAAAUUUACAAUGCCUUGGAUUGACUACUAUGGGUGCAGCACUAAAACAUGCUUUUGAUGUCCUAAACAUAAACCGAAUGCAAACUGGUAUUGAUACAUAUGGCCAAGGUAGAUGUCCAUUUUACCUUGAGCCUUCUGUAAUAGUUGUUAUUACUGAUGGAGGAAAACUUUCUAGCAAUGCUGGUAUUCAUGAGGAAUUUAAUCUGCCAAUGAAUUGCCCUAUUCCUGGAUCUGAAUUAACCCGAGAACCUUUCCGAUGGGACCAAAGAUUAUUCUCCUUGGUGCUAAGACUAUCAGGUACACCUGCAGUGGAGAGGGACACAGGUCUAGUACCCUCUGAUUCGUCACCUAUAGAUGCCAUGUGUGAAGUUACUGGAGGUCGAUCUUACUGCAUUACAUCCCAUCGCAUGCUUAUGCAAUGCAUUGAUAGCUUGGUACAGAAGGUGCAAAGUGGAGUGGUUAUUAACUUCGAAAAAAUUGGCCCCGAUCCACCACCCAUUGAUGGUAGCACCAACAGAGAUGGAACUGAACAAACUGAAGAUAUAAGUCAUGAAGCAGAUAAAGAUAUUGAGGGGGAAGGAGAUAGGAAUGGAAGAUGGAAUGGUGGUCCAUAUCAGUCUAAUAUCGCAUCUACCCAAGGUUCUACUACACCACAGGCAUGGCAUUCAUGUCGCCGGCUGAUCUAUGUGCCGCGCACGGUUUCUCAAAAAGGUUUUGCUGUUGGUUUUUGGCCCAUUCCAGAGUCAUUUCGACCAGAUCCCAAUGCUCCAUCACUACCGCCACGAUCAGCACAUCCUGUUGUAAAAUUUACAUGUUCGAGUCAGGAACCCAUGGUGAUAGACAAUUUACCUUUUGAUAAAUAUGAGUUAGAACCCAGUCCACUCACACAGUUUAUAUUAGCAAGGAAACAACCUACUAUAUGCUGGCAGGUAUUUGUAGCGAACAGUGGCUGCAAAAACUCUGAAAUCAGUCAUCCAUUUGGUUACCUUAAGGCAUCUACAAACCUAACAUGUGUUAAUUUGUUUGUUCUACCAUACAAUUAUCCAGUGCUUUUGCCAUUACUUGAUGACUUGUUUAAAGUGCAUAGAUGUAAACCUACACCUGAAUGGAAAAUGGCGUUUCAACAGUAUUUGGAUAGAAUGCCAUCAUACUAUGUUGCACCUUUACGUAGAGCACUGACAAAAAUGGGUGCAUCUGCGCCACUAGUUCAAAGCCUAAUUCCUGACACGCAAGAUAAUUCUCUCAGCUUCUCUGUUCUGAAUUAUUUAAAAAGGAUGAAAAAUCAAGCUAAAAUGGAAUUUGAGAAACUUUGUGCUGAUGUUAUUAACAAAGCUUCUUCUGGAAAUAGUCAAAAGGUGACAGAAAGUGUUCGUGUAAUGCCUAGAUCACCAUUGAAGAAGGAUUUGACAUCUCAUCCAUGUUUACAAGAUAAGUUUACGGCAUUGCGGGAUCAGCUCAAUGAGUUUGGUGGUUUUGUAGUGGGAUUAUCGCGAGGCAGACACAAGGCGCAGGCGCAUACAUACAGAAAUCCUUUCGAUAUACAAAGGCGGGAUCUAUUGGAUCAGGUGGUGCGUAUGCGCGCAAACUUCCUUCAACCAUCCCUAGCGCAUACGCGUCUUGUUGACGAGGAUAGUGUGCAUUCAAUGCCGGUGGCACAAAUGGGCAAUUAUCAAGAGUACUUAAAGAGAAUGACGCCUCAGUUGCGAGAGAUCGAGUCUCAACCCGUCAGGCAGCAUAUGUUUGGCAAUCCAUUCAAAAUUGAUAAGCGUAUGAUGGUGGACGAGGCGGAUAUUGACCCGAUGGGAGCAGUUCGCGGCGGCGCCGGCGGCGGGGCAGGGGGGAAGCGCGGUGUGGAGAGUCCCCGCACGGUGCCGCCCAAGCGCAAGGCCGGCCCGCUGCCGCAGCACGUGGUGGCGCGCCGGCCCUCGUCCCCCGCGCCGCAGCCCGCGCCGCAGCCCGCCCCGCUGCCCGCGCCGCCGCCCGCCGCCCCGCCCGCCGCGCCGCUUUCGCCCAUCACCGCGCGUCGCCCGGCCUCGCCGCUCGCGCCCGUACCCUCGGAUAUGCCGUCUGGACGCCCGCCUGAGGACCCACCAAAUAUGGAUACUGGGGGACCUACUAUAAAUCUACCGGUGGCAACGGCUCCACCAGUUACACCUACUAAUUUACCACCUGUUGUCAAGCCUUUUCUCAAUGGAGAUGCGUAUACAACAAUGGGCAGCAAGAUGCCUCGUUCACCAUCACCUCCGCCGGAUAGUCCUAGCAACGUAGUUGCAAGCCGAGCCGAGACCAGCGUCGCCGCAUUGCCCUUGCACGACUCACAAGAACUACAGAUAAACGCCAUCAUACAAGGCAUCGCCGCGGAGAACGAUUCCAACUCGAGGGGCAAGAAGAGGAAACGAAAGAACGAAAAGCCGCAAGUGCAAUUUCUAUUGCCGCCUCAGCCUUCGCGAAAAGAGAUCGCGGACAUCACAAAGCAUAAUCUUAACGUUCGCUCCGAAGUCUAUCGUGCUGUACGACGACCAGGGAGAGAUUUUACGAAAUUAUUCGAAUGUUUAAAGCAAUUAAAGGGUAGUGUGGAAAUUAAAAAGGAAGUGAUACGUGAUGUUAUAAGUGAGUCCUUGAGGUUCAAAAGGAAGGGACUCGCGAAAUUGUUAGAAGACUUUUUGUUAAGCCUAGAAAAAAACGGAAACAGUGCCUCAAUUAGUAUGAAGAGAAUAGCGAACUCUGUGUAUAGUAAUACUAAUAACCACAGCUAG